UGCGGUCAUGUCUCAGACUGGUUCUCCAGAGAGCCCCAGAAAACACUUGUUACCGGAACAAGAUGCACCUAAAUCUCUCCCGAACGAGCCAUCAGCGUACCAAUCGAGUUUUGCGUUGAAGAACGGCAAGAAAGAGUCUGUGCCAAUAUGGGUACCUCUCACGUUGAUAGCAUUCUCAACGGCUGCUCUUGUAGUCCCGAUUGUCUUGUUUCGGAGGCAGAGAGCCGCUCUCCUCGAGCAAUCAUUAGCCAAACCUCCUCCGCCACCUCGUCGAACAAACGUCGGCGUGACACCACCAGCGAGGACAACGUUGUUAGGAUCUGCGCCUCCUCCGAGAAGGAGUACUACGCCGUCUGCUGCUCUGCCCUCCUCCGUACCCUCAAGCGCUGACACUGCGAAGCUCGAGACAGAGGCUGCAGGCGACUACUUCAACGGUGUCCUCUAUAGCGCGAAGGCGUUCGUGAUUGCUACAACGCUGGUUGGUGUAGGAGCUGUUGCGACAGUAUGGGGUGUCAAGACAGCUCUCGGUGUUCGCGAUACGCAAGAAUUUGCACAACGCAUGAGAUUGCUCAUCAUGGACAGCAUGCCAAACUUAUCUGCACGGAUUCACCAGGCAUUGCAUGAUGAAGAAGAACGUGCCUUCCCCUCCGAAGCUAUCACACAUACAAUCACUAAUGAGAACAUGGACGCCAACUCAAAAGCAAGCAUUGAAUGGUCAUGGCCUGAUGCAGAAACGCGAUUGAAGGCCGCUUUUGAGAAAGAUGGGUUGGUGGGGUGGGGCGAAGCUGUGCUACAUGAAUUGGAGACCGAAGCAAAGAUCAAUAGAAGCAAGCGUGGGCAUGCCUAACUCCUCGUAUCACUCGUUCAUGCUUGCACACUAUACGGCCUUAGGAAGAGUUGAUCGCACUAUAUGACGCAGAGGGGAAAAAAGCGAUCUACAUACUGCGUGCCAUAUUCAUGGGGGCUGCAU